AAUCGCAACCUUCUAGCACUUUUUAGCAAAGGGAAGUGAACAAGCUAUUCGAGUUUCACUAGUUCACUGCCACAAUGAUAAUUGAACCGUAUCCACACAAGUCUAGAGCACUUUGACCAAACUAACCAUGCAUAGCCAUAUAUAUUAAGACCUCAACAUUCUGCCUUAAUCUUUCUCCACGCUUGCUAAGAUUUUCUCUCGGGUUCCUCAGCAUACCAAUUCCAUUGUUCAUUUCAGUCACAUAAAAAUCUUGUGUGGACAUGGCAACAGCCUUGUCCACAACCUGUUUUCUUUCCUGGAGGACCCACCAUCAAGUGAAUAUACAACCCUCUCCAUUACAAAAUGGAGUUCAAAGAGCUUCAGCAGAUUCAGUAUCAAAGGGGAGUGUUUGUUUUCCAGGGGAGUGUUUUGCGGUUGUGAAACAAGGUCUUCUAGCAGGGAGAAUCCCUGGCCUGUCAGAGCCAGACGAAAAUGGUUGGAGGACAUACCGCAGGCCAGAUGAUAAGUCCGGUGGACAUGGUGUUGGAUGGAGUCCUAUUAUACCAUACGCUUUCCGAGUACCUGAGGAAUGGGAAGAGGUACCAGUAUCAAUAGCAGAUCUUGGUGGCACUGAGAUAGAUUUGAGAUUUGCAAACUCUAAGCAAGGGCGUCUGUUUGUCGUUGUUGCUCCUGUUCUUAGAUUUGCUGAUAAUCUUGGUGAUGAUGCUACAAUAGAAAAAAUCGGACCUCCAGAGAAAGUCAUCAAUGCAUUUGGUCCGGAAAUGAUUGGGGACAAUGUCGAGGGGAAGGUUCUAAGUUCAGACGUAGCAGAACACGAUGGAAGAACAUACUACCAGUUUGAGCUAGAGCCGCCUCAUAUUUUUAUUACUGCUACUGCAGCUGGAAAUCGCUUGUACUUGUUUGGUGUAACAGGCAGUGGUCUUCAGUGGAAGAGACACUACAAUGAUUUGAAGAAGAUAGCUGAGUCUUUUCGAGUUGUAUAAUUAUCAAUUGAGAGCUUUUGAGAAUGAGAGAUCAUAAAUGUGCACUUUCUGUAUAUGUAUUUUAGUACAGCAGAUAUUUUCUUUCCCACUAUUUUGAUUGGGAAACGAAUUUGAGCAAUCAUGUAUGAAAAGUCUGUAUACCUUCAACAUACCAAUUCUGAGGUGGUCAAUAGUCUAUCUUUAUUUUGACA